UGGAAAUUCAACGAGUAGCGAAAACCCCCGCUGGCUGGGCGGUCGCGUCGACGGGGGCGGUAGGGGGGUAGAAGGGUGUGAGGGGGCGGCGGACUUCGUAGUUUAUGCCCCGUCCCCCUCCCGCCACUCGCCCCUGCAGUCGAUCAAUGCGUGGACGGGUUUCACUUUCGCGGUGUUAAAGUGUUGCGCCAUCGUUGAUUCAGAAGCCAGAAAAAAUUCGUUUUUCGCGGUACCGCACGCGUGGAAAACACGAAUGAUCGGGUACGAUGAAAAUUCCACGGUCGUUCGCCCCAUCGGUGGAUAUUUAUUUUCGUUAAAAAAAAAAAAAUCGCCAUCUUUUGGUGAAUCGUGCUUUGAAAGAUUCGCAGUGAAGGAUGGAGGCCAGCGAGUGGGAUCACGCGACCUUGAGGGAAGAGGAAUUCGAGCAGCAUGCCGUGUAUUUGGUACCGGAUGUGGCGGCGUCGUCGGGCGACACCAAUCGCGCGGAAGCGUCCCUGCCGAGAAAUUUGGUCCUCAAGCCCUCUCAGGCCCUCAACGAUGUACGUUCCUCCGCCAAAGAAUCAUUUCUCGAGACCUCCUUGGCUUUGGGAGUAUGGAGCACGAGCUACAUCCCCAAAGGGACGAGAUUUGGCCCUCUGGUGGGCCAAGUGUACACCAAGGAUUCUGUACCAGCCGACGCGAACCGGAAGUACUUCUGGAGGGUGUACAAGAACAACGAGCUGUUCUACUACAUCGACGGUUACGACGUGCAGAAAUCGAAUUGGAUGCGUUACGUAAACCCGGCUUAUUCGUCCGAAUCGCAGAACCUAAUAGCAUGCCAGUAUAAGAUGAACAUUUAUUUUUACACAAUCAAGCCGAUACUACCGAACCAAGAACUUAUGGUGUGGUACUGCCGAGAGUUCGCGGAAAGGCUCAAUUACCCCCUAACGGGCGAACUGAUGCUUCAAAGAAUACGACAACAAGUACAACAAUCGGCGUUACCAACCGAGAUCAUCCCCCCGAGCGUGGACGUGGUGUCGCCCCUGAAGGACUCGUCGAUCUACGAGCGACGCUCGCAGAUGACCCCUACCGACGGCUCCGUCAGAUCGGACGAGGGCUACCACUCCAACUACCACGACGAGAUCCUCACGCCCCCCGAGGAGAGCAGCGAGUCCGACUCGGAGAACAACUACGUGCUGGACUUCAGCAAGAACGCGAAGACGUCCGUGUGCGCCAACGAGGUGCUCAAGCAGGACAACGCCGCGGCGAAGAACGAGUACAGGAAGGUGAAGAUCAAGAUCACGAAGACUUACGGGAACUUCCAGGCGGCGAAGAGCCUAGAGGGGAACGGAAAGGACAAGGACCAGGAGCUCUCGAGCAGAGCGGUGACACCGGAGCUUCAGAAGCCCAUGUCCCCCGUGAUCCUCCAGAAAAACUCCGUUCUGUCCACCGUCAACGAGGACGAGAUAGAGAAGGCCCCGAAACCGUUCUACGAGCCCGAAGCGAAGGGCAACAUGCCCGUUUCCGGGAGGCCAGCCUACCUAACCAGCCCCAGCAGUUCCAUUCUCGAGAACAUCCUCCUCCGCAGCAGCACCGACAACAACAACAACAACAGCCACAACCACCACCACAACGGCGUCCAGCAACACCACCAGCACCACCAGAUCCAUCACCAGACCCAUCUGGACUCCGUCACCCCACCGCCAUCCAGCCCCACGGAGAUGGCGUAUUCUUACAAGAAGUCCCAUCGCUACGGAAACAUCCUCCCCUGCAGCCCCGACUCCAGCUCGAACCUACCGAUGCAAGCGGACGCAUGCGUCAAUUCUACCAGCGGGAACAGCGCCCUCCCCAUGCAGAGCCCCACCAGCAACCUGCACUCCAGCACGGGGAGCCUCCACUCGAGCACGGGGAACCUCCACUCCAGCACAGGGCCCAACGUCCUCCAGUCCCAUCCCGGUAGCAUCCAUUCGUCCAGCAACGCGAGCAACCACCACACCGCCGCGAACGUCCUCUCCUCCAGCACGAUACUGACGUCCACCAGCAACCUCCAUUCCUCCACGACGAGCUGCCCCGCUAAAAGGAAGACCAAGAGCCCGUCGCCAUCCGCGAACCCCACGGGACCGUCCACCCCCACGAUCCUCUACUCCAGCUCGGGCGGUUGUCAGAUUGAAUCCAGCCAGGUGUACCCGGGCUCAACGGUGAGCAGCAACCAGAGCGUCUCGCCCAUCUCGCCCAUCCAAUCGCCCUCGUCCUACCCUUACGGCAUCUACCAUCAAAACGGCUCGCUGCACCACAACGUGGCACCCUUGACCAUCAACUGCACCGCCUACUCGCCGACACCCAGUGGCAACGUCGUCUACGAGAGGCCGGACGGCAGGAGGCUGGAGGCCGCAACCAGCAGCCACCAGCUGCCCACCUCCUCCACCAUGCAGAUCGACACCAACCAAGCGUUGAUCGCUGGCACGCACAAUCUCCACCUGGGUCACCAUCCGGGACUGACCAUCCACGCGAACCCCUCGUCACUGAACCGAUACUCGCCCGCGAGUUCCCUGUCGCCGGACGACCACGGCUGCUCGCAGAGCGGCUCCCUGAGCCCCAACUCCCAGGGCUCCAGGGGCUACAGGUCGUUGCCCUACCCCCUCAAGAAGAAGGACGGCAAGAUGCACUACGAGUGCAACGUCUGCUGCAAGACCUUCGGCCAGCUCUCGAACCUCAAGGUCCACCUGAGGACGCACUCGGGCGAGAGACCGUUCAAGUGCAACGUCUGCACCAAGAGCUUCACCCAACUGGCCCAUCUACAGAAACACCAUCUCGUUCACACUGGUGAGUGCUUCGGGUAGUUUGUUUACCGGUUUUGCUAGUUGGAGAACAAUUCACACACAAACAGUUGGGUACUUGAAAUGAAUGUUCAUUUUUGUACUGGUGGGAGGACUAUGUUGUUGAGAAUCCAUCAGGGACUUUCAUUCGGUAUCUCAAACAUUCUUGUGUCUGCGUUAGAUAGGUAUAUAAUAGAGGAAAUAGUAUCUUAACAGUAUCUUUUUCAACCACGCUGUUCGGUAACAGUCACGUCGUCUCGUCAUAUUCAAACACAACUGCGUCAA